AUGUCUCAAUCCAACCUCUUCAAGCCUCUUAAGAUAGGCAACAUGCAACUCCAACACCGCAUCGCCAUGGCUCCUCUCACCCGCCUCCGUGCCACCGAGGACCGCACUCCAACCCCCAUGAUGAAGGAAUAUUACAGCCAACGAGCAGCGGUACCAGGAACCUUGAUAAUCACCGAAGGUACAAUCACAUCCGCUGCUUCUGCCGGUGGGUUCAGUAAUGGGCCAGGCAUUUGGCGCGAAGACCAAGUCGACGCCUGGCGCACAAUCACCGACGAGGUCCAUGCUAAAGGGUGCUACAUGUUCUGCCAACUAUUUGCCAUGGGACGCGCGGCCGAUGCCGAGUUAUCCAGGAAAGAAGGCGUUACCAUCGUGGCGCCUAGCGCUAUACCGAUUGAUGACAAUGCCGCGGUACCGCAGGCAAUGACCCUCGAUCAAAUUAAAGCCACAGUCCAAGAAUUUGUAGACGCAGCAAAAAAUUCUAUCCGCGCAGGAUUCGAUGGUGUCGAGAUCCACGGCGCUAAUGGCUUCUUACUUGAUCAAUUCAUCCAAGACACAAGCAACAAGCGCGACGAUGCAUAUGGAGGGAGUAUCGAGAAUCGCUCCCGACUCCUGGACGAGGUUAUAAAUGCGGUUGUCGAUGCUAUUGGCGCUGAGCGUGUGGGACUACGUCUGAGUCCCUUCAGCACGUUCCAGGGUAUGCGAAUGGAGGACCCGAUUCCGCAGUUUAGCGACGUCAUUACGAAGGCCAGCAAAUCGGGGAUUGCGUAUUUGCACCUCGUCGAAUCGCGUGUAUCUGGUGCAGAGGAAUAUGAGACGAGUUCUGAAAGCCUGGACUUUGCGUACAGGUUGUGGAAUGGACCGUUUCUGAUUGCUGGUGGAUACAAUUCCAGUGAAGCGCGGAAACUCGUGGAUGAGGAGUAUCCAGACAAGGAUAUUGUGGUUAUCUAUGGGCGGUAUUUCAUAUCGAACCCGGAUUUGGUGUACAGGAUUAAAGAAGGGUUGGAGCUUAGUGCGUAUAAUAGACAGACCUUUUACAACUACAUGUCGGCGGAGGGAUACGUGGAUUAUCCGUUCAGCAAGGAAUAUCUGACUGCUUGCUGA